AUGGCCUCCGCCAUUGCCUUCCACGGGUACCGCCAUGUUGGGUGCGGGCGCGCCCUCAGCCGGAAGCGGAAGUCGGGAACGCCCCUCGCUUCCGGCCGCGGCGGGGCCUGGCCCGGAGGGUCCUUCGGUGGCGGCGGCAGCGGCAGCGAUGGUGGGGGGGCUUUGGGGGGGUUUAGGAGGGUCUUUCCCUGGCUCAGCGACGCCGAGGACGCCCCGUUCCUCGACCCCGUCCUGCGCAAACGCGCCGUGAAGGUCAAGCACGUCAAGCGCCGCGAGAAGAAGUCGGACAAGAAGAAGGAGGAGCGGUACAAGCGGCACCGGCAGCGCGCCCGGCACCGGGAGCGCCGGGGACACCCCGAACGCGCCGACGCCCGGGACCCCGCGGGGCUGGGCCAGUGUCUGGGGCCCGGCUGCACCCGCCCUGCCCGCCCCCCCUCCAAGUACUGCAGCGAGGCCUGUGGCAUCAAACUGGCUGCCAACCGGAUCUACGAGAUCCUGCCGCAGCGGAUCCAGCAGUGGCAGCAGAGCCCGUGCGUGGCCGAGGAACACGGGAAGCGGCUCCUGGAGCGGAUCCGGCGGGAGCAGCACCAGGCGCGGCUGCGGCUGCAGGAGAUGGAGCGGCGCUUCCACGAGCUCGAGGGGCUCAUCGCCCGCGCCAAGGGGCACCCGCCCCGCGAGGAUGAGGAGGUGGGGACCCCCCGAAACCCUCCAGGACCUCUCUGGGGUCUCCCAAAUUCCCCUGAGCUCCGAAAUCCCCUGGGACCCCCAAACCCCUCCCACAAGCUCGAGGGGCUCAUUGCCCGCAUGAAGGGGUACCUGACCCGGCAGAAGUUCCGCAGUAAGAUCGAGCUGAGGCGGUUCCUGGGCCCCGGCCACGACCUGAGCAACUUCGACUUCAAAUCGGGGCUGCAGCGCUCUGGGACCCCCCGGACCAGGAAAGGCCCCAAAUGGCACCUUCCCAUGGGGCCCCCCCUGGACCCCCCAGAGACCCCCCGUGAGGAGGGGGAGGAGGGGAAUGGGGCUGAGGCCAAGGAGGCCCCACCCCUGCAGGCACAGGCCCCGCCCCCUCCCGCAGUGGCCACGCCUCCUCCCGUUGAGCCCACGCCCCUGAUUGCUGUGGCCCCGCCCCCACCCGCCGAGGCCCCGCCCCAACCAGAGCCCCCCCUCGUGCGCAGGACCCGCAAACGACCCCCCUCAGAACCCCCCCAGGACGGGACUGUGGCUCUCUGUGCCAGCUGCCAGAGCCUCUUCCCAGGGGUGUCUCUGCCUCCCCAGCGCCGCUGCCGCUGGCUCUGCCCUGACUGCCGUGCCCAGAGACGAGACUUCAACCGAGAGCAGCGGUUCUACAAGCGGGUGGGCUGUGGCUUGUGCCAGGCCUGUCGCAUCCCCGAGGACUGUGGCAUCUGCAGCGCCUGCUCCCGCAGCUCCCCCGGGGGCCCCCCCGGCCCUGCCUGGCCCAACAAGUGCCUCCUGCGCCGCUGCCUGCGCAUCGUCAAGAAGAAAUCAAAGGCAGCCAAGAAGACCCAGAGCCCCCAGGCCCUGACAGAGAAGUGGAAGCCCCCUGUGGAGCGAGAGCCCAGCGACGCCCCCGGCACCAGGCACAGGAAGCCGCUGACCAAGGGCAAGGAGAAGAAGAAGCCCGGCCGACCCCCCAAGCCCUCCGGGCCCCGGCGGGGGGUGAGGAGCAGGGCCAGCCGGCGCUGUGGGGUGUGUGCGGCCUGUCGGCGCCCGGCCGACUGCGGCCGCUGCGACUUCUGCCGGGACAAGCCCAAGUUCGGGGGGCAGAACCUCAAGCGCCAGAAGUGCCGCUGGAGGCAGUGCCUGCGCUGUGCCAUGAGGCGGCUGCUGCCGGUGUGGGGGGGUCGCUGGGGGACCCCCUGGAGCGGCCGCCCCCUCCCCCCGUCCAGGCCCCGCCGCCGCUGGCCCCCCCGGCCCCCCCGCGCCGCUGCCCGGAGCCGCCGCCUGCCCCGCCCCCCCCACCAG